AUGCGUUACGAUAUCAUCGCCAUUGCUUUUACCCUUUCCGCCGUUGGCCUCGCCGACAAACUCGAAUUCGAGGAUGUCCCACGCAAUUGUAUCGAUGUUUGCACACCCGUCGUCAACCUAACAACCGGAUGUGACGACAGAGGUCCAAACGACGAUGACUUCGCUGAGCGCCAAUGCAUCUGCAACGCCCAAAACGCAAACACCCAGAUCCCCAACUGUGCCGACUGCAUCUGGCGCAACGGCGGCAAAUUCGACAAUGACGCUCAAGAUCUCGUCCGUGACUGUGGUUUCACUCCUGCCAGCGGCGCGCCCUUAGGUCCUACCCCAACUGGCCCAAGGCCUGGAGGUCCCGGCGGCUUUGGCCCCACCCCGACAAACCCACCACCAAGCAACAACAACCCUGGUGGUAACAAUCCCAAUGGCAACACCAACAACGUCGGCACCGGUACUGGUACUCAAGGUACUCAAGGUGGUCUCCAAGGCAAUGCCCAGCCCAUUGGCAACUCCGCCAACACGCCCACAGUCGCCUUGGCCGCGGCCUUUGCCGGUCUUGUUGGCUUUGCCGGUCUCUUUUUGUAA